AGUCUAACCUAAUCAAACCUGGUCGAAAAGACUUGAGAUUCUGUGACCACUUUUGGAUUCGUCAUGAUAAUUAUUUCUAACUAAUAUCCCUCAAGCCAUUGCCAUAAAUACUGUAACUGAGAGGUUUACUAGUAAUUAAGAUAAAAUGUAUUUAUUGUACGUAAGUGCCUGUGUUCUACUCAGUAGCAAUUUACUAGGAGCUGCAAGUGAAUUGGAUUAUGAUGGUUGGCUACAUAUACGGCUCUUCCAUGCUCUGAACGAUGACCCAGUACCACAGUACGUCGAGAGAGGCAAUAUUACAGUUUCCAGUGUACGCAGUGGAGCGUCUACCAUUGGGCAGCAUGGAUUGCAGCCUUCUCAAAUAACGCAGUUAAAAUAUCUUGCUGAAAAGGACAGCAAGUAUCGGUUGAAAGCCAUAAUACGUAGUGCGUCUGGAGGAGAAAAUACAUUCCUCACUUCACUGCCAGCUUGCUAUUUAUUAGGAUCGGACUUGGAAGAUAUUUUAGUAAUAUGGAUAGAUAGUGCAGCAGAACCAGUAGCUGUGAAUCUACUCUCUCCAACAGGCUGUACCUUAGACAAUCCUUUUGCAAAAAUGUGGAGCACUAGCGUCCAGGUGAAAUAUCCAGAAAGUGGACCUGUUCCGGAUACUGCUAGCUAUAUUCAGAAACUAGAACGAGAACGGGAAGCCCGUGAAAGGGGAGAAACCAAAGAUAACCGUUCCUUCCUAGCUAAAUACUGGAUGUACAUCGUCCCUGCUGUAAUCUUCGUAGUUCUGACUUCUGCAACAAAUCCAGAAGCUGCUGGUGGUGGUGGUGGAGGUGGUCAACGUCAAUGAUCUCUAUAAAAAUAUUGUUUACACCUAUCUACCUUUCGAAAUGCAACAUAUGAUGUUGCAAUAAAAUAUUCGAGUGUGCUGACUACGUGUAAAAUAAUACCAUGGCGUAAUAAAGCAACUCAUUCAUUGGCAAGAGCCAAGACAAUGUGAAUCCAAUUAAAAAAAAUAAUAUCUUAAAUUCAUAAGUACUACAUUCUAGCACAUGUAUAUUAUCAUAUAUUUAUAAUAUAUAUACGUAAACUGAGUUCGAA